AUGGUCAAGCUCAACCUGGCCCUCGCCGCCGGCGUCCUCUCGCUCUCUUCGGCCACCGCCUCCUCAUCCUCGUCGUCGUCCGCCUCGUCCUCGUCCGGCCAUGCCCAAAACGUCCGCGGCGUGGCGCCCAGCGACGCCCACCGUUACGUGCCCUACACGACCCCCGCCACGGGUCAGCAGCGGUGGAAGUGCCUCGACGGCUCCAAAGACAUCAAGUGGUCCGCCGUCAACGACGACUACUGCGACUGCCCCGACGGCAGCGACGAGCCGGGCACCUCGGCCUGCCCCAACGCCUCCUUCUACUGCCACAACAACGGCCACAUCCCAGCCCGCAUCCGCUCCAGCCGCGUAAACGACGGCAUCUGCGACCCAGAGUGCUGCGACGGCUCCGACGAGACCGACGGCAAGGUACACUGCCCCGACCGCUGCGCAAAGGUGGGCAAGGAGCACCGAAAACGCAUGGCAGAGCUCGAAAACGUGCGCAGGGCCGGCGCAAAGAUCCGCGAAAAGUACAUCGCCGACGGUAGAAAGGAGCGCGAGAGCCUCGAGAGCGAGGUGGCCAAGCUCGAAGUCGAAAUCGAGGUGGCGCGCGAAAGGGAGCACCGCCUCAAGCAGGCCCUCGAGGCCGCAGAGUCGAUGGACAAGGCCGUCAUCGAGGCAAAGCUAAAGACCCCUCUGUACGCAACGCUCACCGACCACCAGUCGGCCAUGAAGGCGCUGCUCGACAAGAACGCCAAGCUCAAAGAGGAGCUCAAGACCCUCACGCUCCUCCUCGACGACCUGGCGCGCGGCUACAACCCAAACUACCAGGACAUGGCCGUCAAGGGCGCCGUCGUCGCAUACAAGCAGUGGCGCGGCAUUGACACGUCGGCCGCCGCCGCCGCCGCCGCCAAGGCCGAGGCCGACGAGCAGGGCGUCGAGGUCGACAAGGACGCCGACAUCAACGCCGACAACGUCAAGGUGCGCGAGCUGUUCGACGACGGCGACUGGUCCGCCGACAAGGUGCACCAGCUCGCCUCGGCCAGCGUCCUCGAGCUCAUGGACGGCGGGCUGGGCGGCUCGGGCGACCCGGGCGCCGUGUCCGACGCCGACAACGGCCUCCUCUUCCGCAUCCACGAGUACCUUCCCGACCCGGUGGUGCCCUACUUCGAGGCCAUGGUCGACACGCUGCUCGACGUGCUCAUCAAGGCCAACGUCAUCAAGGACGUCAAGCGCAUGCGGCCAAAGGGCGCCGGAGGCAGCGGCGACGGCGCGGAGCCGGACAAUGUGGCCGAGGCCAGGCGCGCCCACGCCGACGCCGGCAACCAGCUCCGCCGCAUCGAGGGCGACCUGUCGUCGUACCGCAACAAGCUCGACCACUUUGGCGAAAAGUACGGCCGCCAGCUCGAGUUCCGCGCGCUCGAGAACAAGUGCGUUCAGAAGGAUCUGGGCGAGUACACGUACGAGUACUGCUUCUUUGGCCGCAUCAAGCAGAUUCCGAACAAGUACGGCGCCCAGGUGACGCUCGGCAACUUUGCCAACUGGAACCCGGCGGGCAACGCUACGCCCGACCAGGACGACUACUGGCGACACCAGAUCUACGCCAACGGCCAGCGAUGCUGGAACGGCCCUGUGCGCAGCGCAAUCGUGGAUCUCGUCUGCGACACGACCAAUGCGUUGCUCGACGUCUUUGAGGCGGAAAAGUGCAUCUACUCGGUCAAGGUCUCGACGCCGGCCGUCUGCUUCCCCCCCGCCAGCGCCAGCUCGAGCUCGGGCUCGGGCUCGGGCUUGGGUUCCGAUUCGGCUCCUGGCUCGACGGCGCCAAAGACGGAACACGUCGAGUUGUAG